GUGAAACUACAUUCUCAUUACACAACUAUAUCUUUUACAAUACAGCAAGCUUUCAACAUGAAGCUGAACAAAGUCGCCUUCUUCACCUUCUUGGUAACUUCCAAGUCGCUUCCAGCAAAUGCACUCCCAUCCGAGGUCAAUCUACACCGUAGACAUGACUUGCCGAACGUCACUAUGCUACAGCUUAUUCCAGAUGAUGACUUUAACUUCAACGUCAUGGUGACCUUAGCCGCUGCUCCUUAUCAAGGUGCAGAUAUCGGAGAGGUUCUUGUUGCUGCAAGCCAGAUCAAGACAGGCGAUUUCGAAAGCUACUAUCAAGCAUACUAUGAUCUUGCAACUCGAGUCCACAAACAGGCAAAGACGAUCGAUUGCAAGAAGCAUCCAGUUUCUGCGAGGAAUGCCCUUUUCAGGGCCUCGACCUACUAUCGCUCUGCUGAUAUGUUCUUGCAUGGGAACUGGAGUGAUCCCAGAAUUAUGUCACUUUGGAAGCAGCAGGCCGAUACCUUUGACAAAGCAAUGAAGCUCAUGCCGAUUCCUGGCCAGCGCGUCAAGAUUCAGGCUGAUAACUUCACUGUGCCUGCCAUCUUUUUCAAGACUGACAAACCUGGUCGUCACCCUACUGUUAUUCUGGGCAACGGAUAUGAUGGCUCCAUGGAGGAUCUGUAUCAUGUCAUGGGCGAGGCUUUGCUGCAACGAGGUAUGAAUGCUAUCGUGUAUGAGGGACCAGGCCAGCCAUCUGUCCGUCGAUACCAAGAACUUGGCUUCAUCCCGGAAUGGGAAAAAGUUGUCACACCGGUUGUUGACUACGUUCUUUCUCGAGAUGACGUCGACGGCAGCAAAGUUGCACUGAUGGGCUUCUCAUUCGGUGGCUUCCUCGCGACUCGUGCCGCAGCCUUUGAGCACCGCCUCGCUGCAGUGAUCGCCCUCGACGGAAUCUACGAUUUCGGCCAAGCAAUGUUCAAGCAAUUUGGACCUGACAUCACUGGACUAUUCAAAGCUGGAAAGAAGAAGGAAGUUGAUGAGGAGGUCGCCCUAGUACAAAACAACUCGAGCCUGCCCUCAACUUUGCGAUGGGGCAUCGAUCAGGGAAAGUGGUCGUUCAAAACUCAUUCUGCGUACACGCUCCUGAAAAGGUCUGAGGCUUUCACCUUGAAGGGUAUGGUGGAUAAGAUCAAGGCGCCUGUUUUUGUAGGAGAUGGUCAGAAUGAUAUGUUCUUCCCUGGACAGGCGAAGGAAUUAGCGAAGCAGCUUGGAAGUCGGGCAACGUAUCAUCUCUUUGAGACGGUUCAGGGGGCUGGACUUCAUUGUCAGGUUGGUGGUUACGUGUUCAUGAACCAGGUUUCUCUUGACUGGCUUGAGGAUGUUUUUGCAAAUCAUACCGAGGGCAAUUGAGGGUCGGAUCAAACCGACAGGUCAUGACAUCUGCAGCGAUGGACUAAAUGAUGCUCCACCCACUGUGCAUCGCCACUUUGAGGGACCGUGGAGUCAAGUUACCCACUAGACUAGCUAAUUGAUCGUUUGGCAAUGGAAUGAAGCUGCUCUGAGCCUGGCCGUGAAUAAAGCGGAGAUGGUUGUGGUUGUUGUUUGGCUGACAGAGAAUUGUCGG